AAUAAACAAAAAGUUUAAUUCGCCGCCACGCGCUUUGCCGGAAAGCCCCAAAAGCCCGACCACCACUGCCGCCGCGCCGCCUCCUCCUCCUCCGCCUCCGCCGCCGCCGCCGCCCGCCGGCCAUCUCCGUCGAUCCACCGUCCGGCGAGCAGACAGCAGCCCGGCAGAUCUGCCCCCACCACGGGAUCGAAUCGGCGGGGGGAACCGAAUCGGGGAGCGCGGGAGGCGGGGAGCUUAGUUUGAGCUCGGUCGGCGGCGGCGGCGGCGGCCAUGGUGAAGGAGACGGGGUACUACGACGUGCUAGGGGUGAGCCCGACCGCCACCGAGUCCGAGAUCAAGAAGGCGUAUUACAUGAAGGCGCGGCAGGUCCAUCCGGAUAAGAACCCCAAUGACCCGAAAGCCGCGGAGAAUUUCCAGGCACUAGGAGAGGCAUACCAAGUUCUUAGUGACCCUACGCAGCGCCAAGCUUAUGACGCACAUGGGAAAUCUGGCAUCUCAACGGAAGGGAUAAUUGAUCCAGCAGCAAUUUUUGCAAUGCUAUUUGGUAGUGAGUUGUUUGAAGAUUAUAUUGGUCAACUGGCUAUGGCAUCAAUGGCUUCACUUGAUAAUUUCGGUGAAGAUGAACAUAUUGACACAAGGAGGUUGCACGAGAGAAUGCAGGCUGUUCAAAAGGAAAGGGAAGAGAAACUUGCAGAGACACUGAAAAACCGACUGCACAUUUACGUUCAAGGAAAUAAAGAGGAAUUUGUCCAGCUUGCUCAAGCUGAGGUGACCAGACUUAGCAAUGCAGCAUAUGGCACUGUUAUGUUAAACACUAUCGGCUAUGUAUAUUCGAGACAAGCUGCAAAAGAACUUGGGAAGAAAGCAAUAUUCUUGGGUGUUCCAUUUGUAGCUGAGUGGUUCAGAGACAAAGGCCAUUUCAUCAAAUCCCAAGUAACAGCUGCAGCAGGUGCAAUAGCUUUGAUGCAGUUGCAAGAAGACUUGAAGAAGUAUCUUAGUGCUGAAGGCCAUUACACAGAGGAGGAACUAGAAAUGUUCAUGCAAAACCACAAAAAGGUUAUGGUUGAUUCCUUGUGGAAGCUUAACGUUGCUGACAUAGAAGCCACCCUAUCACGAGUCUGUCAAAUGGUGCUUCAAGAUGGAAGCGUCAGGAGGGAGGAACUGCGUGCUCGUGCUAAAGGACUGAAAACAUUAGGCAAAAUUUUCCAGCGGGUUAAGCUCAACAAUGAUGAGGGGGAAGCAUCGGAUAUGAGGAAUAUAGAUAACAUGGAUGACAAUGACGGGAGCUCCCCCGAUACAUCACCAAGAAGGGAACCACCAUACAAUCCUAUCCCUAACCCUCCUCAUGCUCAGAGCCCAUAUGUGGAGGCCCCACAGUUUGGAGGAACCUAUUACCCAUUCAAUUUCCCAAUGCCAACAGCUCCACCUGGUGCGCAGAGGGAUCCAAUUCCAUGACACCAUUUAAGCUUGCAUGUGCUGUUGUUCUGUGCAAUAUUGCUGGUGAAAUACUAGAUCAUUUGUGUGAUGCAUCAUUUGUACCUGUAGUAGAGAACGGAGGUUUAGCUAUCCUUCGCACCAUUUAUUCGGUUGUACAAUCAGAGACUGGUCAGGUAGCAGCCGUGUACUGUUGUGUACAGUUGUUAACGCUCGUGUUGAGGCAGUAGUAGGUCAGCAUUGGUGUACAUGGUUUGGUGUUAAUCUGCGGCCUCGUUCCGUUUAGCUUGACGUGCAUCUUCUAUGGAAAAUGAAGCUGAGAAAUAAAAUCAUGUUUAUAGUUU